AUGAGCGAGCCGCGGCUUCCGCCCGAAAUCGAGCGCGAGAUUUUUGAAACAACGGCGAUAUCUUCGCCCAGGAUGUGCUAUCCGCUGCUGAGGGUUGCUCGCCGAGUUUGUGCCUGGAUCGAGCCCAUGUUGUACCGCACGCUGAUGUUCCACGAGCGGUCGACCUCUGCCGACCUGGACAAGCUUUCCGUGGCCAAGUCGCGCGAGUAUCUCGCCCGGAAUGUCCGCCACGUCAUCGUCUCCGCCACAUGGCCCGGGCCCGGCACGGCGGCGGAGGCCCUCAGGCUCUUCCCCGGCGCAACCCAUCUGGCACUCGGCAACGGCCACUUCGAGGACGACCAGCAGGAUGCCCUGCAGGCUGCCUUCACUGAUCUGCGUCUCCACCGGCUGGUCUGCUAUGCGAACGCUGUGUUCCCCACGCGCGACGCGCUCAUGGCCGCCGCCGCGCUCCCGGUGUUCGCGCAGCUCACCCAUCUGAGCCUCUUCGACAUCGGCUGGACGGAGCAGCAGGAGCUGUUCUACGCGACCCUCCCCGCGCUCACGCAUCUCGCCCCGCCGCAUCUGACGUCCUGGAGGACAUUUGAACGCCUGCUGCGUCCCCAGGCCUGUCGCCGCCUCGAGGCGCUGGUCGUGUUCAGUCAUACCGACGUCCCGCAGGGCUUCGCAGACGUGCGCCUCGUGAUCACGAUAGCCAAGCCAUGGAGCUUUGGGGACAGCGAGGAGACGUGGGCCGAGGGCGUUUUCGAAGUUGGCAGCUUUUGGGACGUGGCGGACGAUUUUAUUGCGCGGAAGCGGGCGGGUCUCAUUCCAGUCAAUAAUUACAUUGCGGUUCGUGAUAUGGACAGUUGGAACUUUGGACAACAAUGA